AGCUGUCGUAGCACUCGUAGUAGUCUACGACAACGCGGACCUGGUAGCUUGUGUUGACGCCAAUGAUGGUUGUGGUUAAAGUUUAUUGCGGAAGCCUCGGUUAAGAUUGUCAGUGUGCGAUGCGUUGGGCAUGGCGGCGGAGAGAGUCGUACCGUUGCGGCCGCAGCGUCACGCGUGGCGCGGUCGGACCCGUGCUCACCGCGGCCCUGCUGGUGUUGUUGCCCCGCCCGACCUCGGCGCCCGCCGUCUCGCCGAGACCCUGUGCCGCCAAUCCGCUUUGCAUCUGCCGAGCCGACCACUUUGCCUGCGACUAUGUACCGUUUCAUCGCUUCCCCAACACCGAGGCGGGCGUGCUGCACGUGGCGGUGUCGGCGGCGAGGCUGGGCGCGCUGGCGGAGGCGGCGCUCGACGCGCGCUCUUUGCGGACGCUGGUGCUCGUCGCCUCGCGGCUGCACCACAUUGAAACCACAGCUCUGGCGUCAAUGGCAUCCAGCCUGGCAUCACUGGACUUAGGUUACAACGAAUUUACAGAGAUACCAAUAGAAGCGCUUCGGCACUUGAAAGUUUUGAAUUGGCUGAAUUUACAAAACAAUUAUAUAAGCGAUUUGGACCCAAAGAUAGAUUGGGGUGGUCUCUCCGAAUCUUUAACUAGUUUGUCGCUCAGUAACAAUCACAUAUGUGUGAUACACGAAGAUGCCUUGUCGUCUCUUCGACAUUUAGUUCAGCUGGAGCUGGAUGGCAACCGACUUCGGCAAUUGGACUCGGGCGCUCUGCCGCCCUCGCUGGCGCUACUGCGCCUCUCUGACAAUCUAUUAUCGGAUCUGCCCUGCGGAGCUCUAAUGCUGCUGCCACGACUGCGCCACCUUCACUUAAGAAACAAUAUACUGCAGCCAAUGUCAAACACGUCUUGUCGAAGCGAACGUUCUAAAAUAGACUCCCUCGAUUUAAGUAACAACGAGCUCACAGACGGCUUUUAUUUUGAAUUUUAUCAUAAUCUUCAACUGAAGCAGUUGAUUCUCGAUCUGAACGACUUCACGACUAUGCCAUCGCUCGUGCUGGAUUGUGGUCGCCUUGAAAAAUUAUCAAUAUCUUAUAAUAACUUGCAGCAUAUAUCGGAAUCUACUCUGCACGCACUGAAGCAUACAUUAGAAAGAUUGGAACUCGACCACAAUGAGCUCACAACGCUUCCCGACAGUAUGCGUGAGCUGGGUCGGCUUCGAUAUUUGUCUCUCGCCUACAAUAUGUUAGAGCAAGUGAGAGUAUUGCCGCCUAAUCUGCACACCCUCUCAUUAGCCGGCAACUUUAUAACUUCAUUUCCCGUUAGCUUAAAAGAUUUGAAUCCCGGGACAUUAACAUAUUUGGAUUUGGGCUAUAACCGCAUCUCAUAUAUAGUGAUUGACUCGUUCGGAGCAUGGUCUGAAGGGCUCACUACUCUCAGCCUACGUGGAAACAGACUGGCUCAGUUAGCACUCGGUUCGUUCCCCCCGCUGCCCCUGCGCGAGCUAGUGCUCAGCUUUAACGACCUGUAUUAUGUCGAGGCUGGCGUGUUCUCCAAUUUAACAUAUUUGAGAAUUUUAGAAUUAUCAUCGGCUCUUUUUAGCGGCGAGAUAUCGACCCGCUCAUCGCUCGGAGCUCUGACUUGGCUCGGCUUAGAUAACAAUAAUAUUCAUUUUAUAUCGUCAGACGAUAUGCUAAAUUUUCCUUCAUUAGAAUAUCUCAAUUUAGAUUUUAAUAAAAUAAUAGAGUUUCCUAGCGAAGUAACUAAAAACAACGGAACUUAUAAAUUGAAAGAGCUAAGGUUAUCAUAUAAUUAUAUAAGUAGGAUUCAUUCGGAAUUUCUCGAGAUUUUGAUCGAAUUACAAAGUGUCGAUUUAUCUUAUAAUCGCAUGAAUAAUAUAAGCGAACGGAGUUUCUACAAUUUGCGGAACUUAGUUUAUUUAAGUUUGACGGGGAAUGUUAUAGAACUAAUUGCCGAUGAAGCUUUUGCUGAUCUUCCAAAAAUAGAAGUUUUAGAUUUGCAGGAGAAUAAUUUAGUCGAGUUUUCAACAAAAUAUUUUGCAAAUGUAUCAAAUAAGGAUACUGAUUUUGCAGUUAAUGUUAGUUAUAAUAAAAUUACAUCCCUUGUCGGUGGGCGCCUUGCGUCUAUUAAUGUUUUAGACGUAUCGCAUAAUCUUAUAGAAACCAUAUCGCGAGAAUUUUUUAAUUCUUUAGGAGACCAGAUUCGUCAAGUUUUCCUCUCUUACAAUAGAAUAACAUUGCUCGAUAAUUCUGCUUUCGGAUCGUUACCUAAUCUAAAUAUUUUAAAUUUGCAGGAGAAUGAUAUCAGCAUAAUAAAAAGGCGUGCUUUUUCAGACAUGCCUUCAUUACAGAUUUUGGAUUUGUCACAAAACAGAAUAGGACAACUGUCCGUAGAGCAGUUUCAUAGCCUGCAUAGAUUAAAACUUUUGCGCUUAGAUAAAAACAAGCUGCGGGCGCUGCCACGUGACGUCUUUAAAAACACUGUUUUAGAAUAUUUAGAUUUGAGUAAUAACCAAUUGGCUCUAUUUCCGAGUAGCGCUCUUACUCAAGUGGGGUUCACGUUGCGCCGCCUUGAGCUCUCUCGUAAUCGGAUUGAAUACCUUGACGCUGCCAUGUUUCACGCGACUGCUUUCCUGCACGAGAUGGGCUUAUCACACAAUGCCCUCACUGUCCUCUCAGAUAAUACACUUGCAGGGUUGCCGCGAUUGCGUCGCCUAGAUCUCUCUUUUAAUUCAAUUAAAACUAACUUUAAAGAGCUUUUUCAUAAUGCUCCACGUUUGAGGCGCCUUUCGCUGGCUAAUACUGGCCUUAAGGGAACACCACACCUUCCUCUAGCUAACCUAACGGAAUUAAAUCUUAGUGGAAAUUAUAUCACUUCGUAUAGUGAAAACGAUGUGCGGCACCUUUCUAAUUUAAGAGCUCUUGAUAUUGCUGGAAAUAAAUUCACUUCCCUCCGACCCGCAAUGUGGGCAUCGUUACCGCAGCUGAUCUCCCUUGACGUAUCACAAAACCCCAUAGUGCGAAUACAACGGGGUCUCUUUGAUGGUUUGAGUCGGUUACUUUAUCUCAGGAUGGACAGUCUACGAAAUUUGGAAACAAUAGAACCUCGCGCGUUUCGUGCUUUAGUCUCACUCAGAUCGCUUACUUUGGAAUCACCGACCGGUGAAACUAGAGAUUUUCCUAUUGCGGAAGUAGUUUCUGCCACUCCUAACUUAGAAGCUAUGAUUGUUAAAAUACAUAAGGAAAUUUUAGAUUCCCAGUUUUUGACAUUGCGAGCACCUAAACUUCGAUCUUUAGAAGUAAGCGGCACGAUGCGACGCGUGUCUCCUCACGCUUUCACUGCGCUCGGUCGACAACGAUCUCUGUCUUUGCGACUAACCAAUUCAGCUGUAUCAGAACUGCCCCCCGGUCUCGUGCGGCCUCUGGUUCGCAUACCACACCUGACUCUCGAUUUUACUAAUAAUCAUCUCGUUAACUUUGGACCAGCAGUCUUGUACCCAAAUUUGACAGGUUGGAAUCGUUUCGCCACAAAAGUUUUACCAGGAGGCCUGCUACUCGAGGGAAAUCCACUGCGCUGUGGAUGUUCGGCGUCUUGGGUAGGCGCGUGGCUAAGGCGGUGGACAAGUGAAGUGGGUGGUGGCACGAGGAGUGCGCGGGCGGCGGCGCGGCGCAGCGCGUGCGUGACGAGCACGCGCGCGCCGCCGCGAGCGCUGCUCGAGCUCCACGCUGACGAGGCCGAGUGUCACGCAAGCGCACUUUCGAGUCGUUCACAUAAACUAUAUUCGGCCGACUUGAAGUAUUCACUCGUUUUAGUGUUCAGUGCUGUGCUCUCACUUAGUUAG